ACAAGAGAGAGGGAAAAGAAUUAUCGAAGGGAGGGGUAACCCCUGGGACAGGGGGCACCCUCGCGCGAGAACCCAGCUGGCCUGUGCAUGAUUCCGUCACUGCACGACGGUGGUGACGAAGGGGCUGAUGUCAGUGCGGCCACUCGGCGCCCGCUCCGUGGCUCGGAUGCGCGAACGCGACACCCGCAUCGUCGUCGUACCGCGAGUGAAGCUCCCGGCGGAGGCGGAGGCGGCAGUAGCAGCGGCCGAUGACGGUGAUGGUCAGCCGCGAAACAGUGGUGACUGCUGACUGGUGCACGAUCAAACGAAAUCCCUUGUACACGGCCGCGUACACGGUGCCGUGCCGGUCGGUCGGUCGGUUUUGGGGGCGCAGCUUCGGGGAAUAAUGCGCGUUAGGCACGUUACGCGACGACGAGGACGACGGUACGACGCGAGGGACCCGAGCGGCCAGCCGCGGGUGCAGCUGCAGCAACGCAAUUAUGUACGCGUACGGUUUCGAGAUCACGUAGUGGCUGCCGUGUAAUUAUGUUGUCAUCGACGCGCGGCGCGCCCUGUGUAGCUUCACGGUGAAAAUCUGGCGUGAGCGGUGCCGCGGUGGAACGGGGAACAUGGCGUCGGUCUCGGCUGAGACUCCAGCCAGCCAUGGGCACAGCUUCAGCAAGAAGACGUUUCACAAGCCGACGUACUGCCAUAGCUGCACCGACAUGCUGUGGGGCCUCAUACAGCAGGGGUACAUCUGCGAAGUUUGCAACUUCGUGGUGCACGACCGCUGUCUCAAGGCCGUCGUCUCUCCCUGCUCCAGCAUCGCGGCAAGCCUCAUUAAGAAUCCAGUUGCACACUGCUGGUCCGAACAGGUACAUCAUAGAAGAAAAUUCUGCAACGUCUGUCGUAAACGGCUCGAUGAUAAUCUAUCCAUACAUUGUGAAAUAUGCGAAUACUUCGCGCACACGGAGUGCCAGGAUUUUGCCGUGGCAGAUUGCAAGGAGAACGCCACGUAUUUACCUGGGAAGGACUUGGCGCAGGUAAACCACACUCAUCACUGGCGAGAAGGCAAUCUUCCCAGCAGUUCGAAAUGCGCUGUCUGCAAGAAAAAUUGUUUUUCUGCCGAGUGCCUUUCUGGGUUUCGUUGCGAGUGGUGCGGCAUGACGUUGCACUCUUACUGUUAUAAAAAUAUCCCGCAAGAAUGCACGUUUGGGAACUUGGAACCAAUCUACUUACCACCACAUGCAGUCAGCAUUCCACGCACGGAAGUUCCCAUGGAGGCCAUCAUCGGUGUACAAGUACGUCGAAAAGAAGCCCUGGCGCGUGAGUAUUCCUGCCAUAACAUCGGAGAGCAAUUCGAUUUCGCUGAGAGUGAACAAAUUGGGGCUGCAGGCCGUCUAGCCGAAGCUUUGAGGCGCCUUUCACUAGUUUUGCCACGUAGCUGCCAUGGAAAAUGUCAUGCUUCCCCUCCUUAUGUUCGAGCACGAAGCAUAUCGGAAGAGUUCAGCAGCGGGGAUGCAAGGUAUCGUGACAAUGGCGAGUCAGGACCGGGUAGCGCGCAUGGUCGUGAUCCGCGUUCUCCAAAGGAGAAAGAAGACAAAGAAAGAGGUGACGAAGAGAUGAUCAAGGUGUACGACGGCAACAAUUCCCUGAGAAGGCGAAUAUUUCGCGUGAUCACGGUGCCCCGGCAAGCCACCACUGAACAAGUCCUGACGUCGGCGCUUCGUGCAUUUCACAUCACGAAAGAUCCUAGUACGUGUUGCCAUCUGUUGUUUCAUGUUCAAUUUUAGAUCGCAGCGUGGUCG